AUGCGUAGCCACAAUGCUACUACCGUUGUUUCGCUAUUCGCUGCUCGUUUAUCGUUUCGCGUUAACAUCUAUUUAUCGUCGCAGAUAACGCAGUGCAUAUUUAUGCGCGCAUUUCUCAAGCAUAGCCAGAUGUUCUCCCGCGAAUGUCUUAUCCGUGGAUCUUCUUGGUUGAUAACGCGAACUGUUUUGUCGCGCGGGACGCGUCACGUCGCCGCUACUUCUUGCACGAUCAGCUGUUCCGAAGAGAGCGACCGAAGAGGCACGACAAUUUGUGCUCUGUCCUCAGGGCACGGAAAAUGCGGCGUAGCGGUAGUAAGAAUAUCGGGAAGCCGAUCUCUGGAAGCACUGAAAAGGAUGACGAAUAUAUCGAAGUUAGAACCGAGGAGAGCUUUUUUACGGAAGAUACGCGAUCCGGAAACUGGAGAAAUCAUUGACAAUGGGCUUUGUCUAUGGUUUCCUGGUCCGCAUUCGUUCACCGGCGAGGAUUCCGUGGAGUUCCACGUGCACGGUGGCACAGCGAUUCUAACACGAUUGAUGCAAGCCCUCUCGAGGCUGCAAGUGCUUCCAGCUCUGCCAGGCGAAUUCACCAGACGCGCCUUCUAUAAUAACAAGCUAGAUCUGACGGAGGUGGAGGGUCUGGCCGAUUUGAUAGAGGCCGAGACCGAAUGCCAGAGGAAACAAGCACUUCUGCAAGCUGACGGUGUCCUGCGCAAACUGUAUGAUCGUUGGCGAAAAGUCCUCUCGGAAUCCGUGGCGAGUAUCGAGGCGUACAUUGACUUUGGCGAAGAGGACAACAUCGAGAGCGACGUGAUGCAGCGGGCGCACGACGCUCUCAGACAGCUGAUGCGAGAUCUAGAAGGACACCUGGCCGAUGGCAGGCGCGGCGAGAUUCUACGCAACGGAAUUAGAACCGUGAUCGUUGGCGAGCCCAAUGUGGGCAAAAGCAGUCUGCUCAAUCACCUGGUGCAGCGAAAUGCCGCCAUCGUCACGCCCGUCGCCGGCACUACGAGAGACGUCAUCGAGCUGAGUGCCAAUAUCUCGGGCUAUCCCGUGCUGAUAGCAGACACCGCAGGCAUCACGGAUAACACUAAAGAUAUCGUCGAGGUCGAAGGUAUCCGUCGUGCGAGAAGCUACGCGGAGAACGCUGAUUUCGUUAUCGUCGUGAUGGACGCGUUUAAGUGCGUAGCCAGCGGAAUGACGUACGAAGAUUACGGGCGCCAAUAUCUGUCGUCGUUAGGAGUAUACGAACUAUUAAUGAAAAUGGGCAAGGACCGUUUCAUCGUAAUAAUGAAUAAGAGAGAUUUACUGAAAGCGGAAGAUAAACGUCAGCUGGAUGACGUUGAAGCGGUUCUCAUAUCUUGCAAGACGGAAGACGGCUUCCAGGACUUGCUGGAAUCUAUAACAAAUUGCUUCAGUAAUAUAUGCGGCGAACCAUCCGCGGAGAGUCCGACUAUCAGUCAGGCGAGGCAUAGGGAUCAUUUGACGCAGUGUCUGAGGCAUUUGCGGAAUUACUUCGAAUUAUGCGCGGACGAGCAACAUGAUAUGGCCAUAGCGGCAGAGGAAAUACACAAAGCGAUGAGAGAACUCGGAAGGAUAACGGGACACGUCAGCACCAAUGAGAUAUUAGACAUUAUAUUCAAGACCUUUUGUAUCGGCAAAUGAUGGGCCGGUGCCGUCACACACUUUUGUACAUAAUAAGACGUACGUUCGUGUAUUUCUCUUUACAGGAUAUUUUAUAAUGUCCGAGAAAAAAGUGGAACGUGUAAUAAAUUACGAUUAUACAUGUGUGAA